AUGGUUGGCCGCCGUGGUAAGCGAGGCGCCAAAACCCGAGGCACGCGCGCCGUCGCUGGGCGUGUUGCUCCAAUUGCUACUAUAACAACUUCUACCACCCGCGGCCGCGUCAGAGGUCGUUGGGCAAAUCACCGCGCUACACAAGCUAGACUUGCUGCUGCAGAUGCCGUAGAUGUCGUAGAUGCCACUGCUGCGGAUGAUGAGCCUGAGCCUGAGCCUGAGCCUGAGCACGAGCACCGCUCAUUAAUCGUGACGUUCAAGCAUGCAAAGUUUAAGCUCGCUUCUUACUUUAACUCUCUAUAUCGCUCUACUUGUGAUGAUGCGAUUCCUACUGCUGAUGGCAAUGAAGCCUCCAACACUCCCCUCCCUGAGACCCCACACAUCUCUCGCCGCACAAAGCGUGCCGGUAUUGUGCCAGAAUCAUCACGCACCACCCGCCAAUCUGCUCGCAACAAGCCAACCGGCGAUGAGCGCACCCGUGAACACUCUACUCCUAGUAAGAUGGAAGAGUCAGUUGACUCUGAUGCGACACGUACUCACGAUGAUGAUUUCGACACUACCACUCACAUCUCCAAGGCAUCUCAAACCCCGGAAUUGUCUUCUCAGAUGUUGCCUCCGCCCAAACGCCAAGCCCUAGAAUCCUUUCAUGCAACCAAUGUCAACUCAAGUGGGAUUGAAGCCACUCAAUCCGUUGAGCGUGAAGGAUUUCCUCUCUCUCACACUUCUCCCCACCCCUCACUCAAGCGAAAGUCAAGCGAACUUGAGGAUGAGGAUGCUGUCACUCCGAAGAAGCCAAAGCGUGAGGAAGAAAGCCCUGAUCUCAAUGAGCCCAGUUCCAUCAGAAUGUCUGACCUGACAGAUGGUCGCCUCGACCGUACUCCCGAGGUCGAGGUGGCCCAAACUUUCAACCACGAAAGGGAAGCGAAGGCAAACUCAAAUGAUGAUGAGAGUGAGGCCGAAGCCGUGGUUCACGAAGGUGCCAUUGGUGAAGUGACUGGCGAUAUCAGUGAUGGAGACCCUCCAGAUUACCCCGAAUACCACCCCCGAGGCCGCGGCGGACGCGGCGGACGAGCCCGUGGUCGUGCACGUGGCCGCGCGCGAGGACGUGGAAGUCGCGGCGGAGCACUUGCUCCCGUUCGCGCGGCUGUGGCACCAGCCCGCGCACGCGGAAGCCGAGGACGUGGCCGAGGACGUGGCGCUGUCACAGUUGGAGGCCGUGGUGGAAAAAUUACCACCACGAAGGUCUCGACGGCCGACGAGAUUUGGGACAACGACACCCGUCGCUCCCCCUCCCCCAUCCUCGCCACAAAUCCCAUCAAAGCGCGUCAGGCAGAGCUCGCUGCUCUGUUCAAGUAUGUGGGGGCUACUCAGCAGGUGGCAUUGGGUGUCUUGGCGGAGCACUCAAUGCAGCGCAUCGCGCGUGACAAAACCGCUCACCUGGACGUCCCGGAGUACGGACAGGUGCAGCAUGACCUCGCUGAGUACGAGAGUCGGGCCUUGGCACGCAUCACCGCUGAGUACGAGCUGGCGGUCGCCUCCGCUGAGCGUGUGUAUGCGGGCGAGGUCUCGAGUGUGGAGAAGCGGACCCUGGCGCAGGUGAAGAACAUCUCAGCAGAGAUGUUCUAUGCUGCCCGGGGGAAGUACAUGGGCCAUGUCCAGGGCCAGAAGGCGGCGGAGGAUGAUGAACAUACCGAGACGGAUGGUUCUGACGUGGCUGGUGACGAGCCACCGUUUCUUUUCCGAAUAGGUAAGGCUGGUAUGAGAGAGGUGGAGCGAGGCUUCGACGCAAACUCCGUCCGCGACCCCGACGGCGCGGCUGCCCACAUCCAGGGAUCCAACCUGUGGGACGAGUUUGUGACGAAGGUUCGUCUAGGCGAAGAUCUCAACCCUCAGAUGCGGGCAAUGGAGUCCUCACCUGAGUCUGGGUUGGUGGACCCGGUUCAGGCGAAGGACUUUAUUGCUCGUCUUCUGCAGGCAGUCGCCCAGAUCGAGGAAGAAAGCAAUGCGAACCAGCAGGCCAACAAUGGACUCGCCACCUUUGGUCUGGCCGUGCUGGCAGACACUGCACUUUCGAACCCCGACAUGCCAACUCUCCCUCCCAUGCAGCCCGCUCAGUACCAGUACAUGGCGGCUGGUGGUCCUGGUCAGACUCCAGCCGGCAUGGUACAUGGACCGACCGAUCCCCGGUCCUUCAUUCUCCCGCGGCCCACACCCACUCAGCAGCCCCGCCGCCUCCUCCCGGCACGUGGACAGCUGCCCGACCCAUUUUCAAUGGGCGGCCCCCCCUCAACUCCCCCCUCCGCCGGGAUUGAACUUCGCCCGGUUGCCUAUACCAAUGCCUGGGUACCUACACUCAGGACCCCCUGGUCCUCCCGGACCUCCUGCCCCCCCCGGACCUCCCUCUCAGGGUGGCGCACCGGGGCUUUACUACCCUCCUCCUCCUCCUCCCCAUGGGCCUCCGCCCCGCCACUAUUGAUUGCGGAUAUCUUUAUCUCACUGCUCUGCCACCACUCCCUCCGAAGUCUGGAUGGUGGACCUCCUCAGGGCAGUUAUGUACAUUACGAGCGUCAUGUGAGGAGC